AUGUCAUCAUCUUCUGGGUGCUGUCUUCUCCUAAUCAGUGUCUUAAUCAUCUUUGCACUUGCUCAUUUAACAAAAGGUCAGAAGAACAGUACUCUGAUUUUCACAAAGGAAAACACCAUUCGGAACUGUAGCUGCUCUGCAGAUAUCCAAGACUGUGACUAUAGCUUGGCCAACCUGAUGUGCAGCUGUAAAACCGUCCUGCUGUUCUCAGUAGAGCAGACCAGCUACCAGGGUCAUCUCACCAUCUGGUUCACAGAUAUAUCUGUAUUGGGCCUCCUUUUGAACUUCACUCUGGUCCAAGACCUAAAGCUUUCUCUGUGCAGUACAAACACUCUCCCCACUGAAUACCUGGCUGUUUGGGGUCUGAAGAGGCUUCGUAUCAACACAGAAGCCAAGCAGCAAAGCUCUGCACCAGAGCAGAGCUUACUCAUCCACAGUGGUAGUGAGAGCGAAUCAAAAGAGAAGUCCAUGUAUCUGCACAAAGACUGGCAAGCAUGUAUGUAUAUCUCAUUCAUAGAUAUGGCUCUUUUCAACAGGGAAUCAUCCUUAAAGUCAUACAGCAUUGAAAACAUUGCCAGCAUCACCAGCAACUUUCCCUACUUUUCUUACUUUAAAACUAUCCCAACUCCAAGUAACAAAAGUUUUGUUGUCACCUUCAUUUACUAA